UCUAGACAGUAAUCUUCUCUCCAUUUGAGACCCUCUCAAACAGCUUGCUUUCCCGUCAACCUGGACAAGAGCGCAUCUUCCUCUUGCCUGGCCAUGAAGACGUCGAUUCUGUCCUAACACCCAUCCAGCCUAGGGCUCCCCCAGUGCCAAACACUCCUCCAUUACCUUCUCUUCCUCAGGGCAUCGACAAAACAAGUCUUCCUUUGAACCGAUCCCUUCAUCAUGGUCUUGCGAACUAGGUUGUUCACGAUCAAAUACAAUCCGCGGACUCAGAUUCCGCCCGUCGCAGCCCGAUACUUGGGCUCCCCGGCCAACCCUAUCCAUCCGAAGAUUGCCCACAUGUACGCCACGCGGGAUCGAACUGAACUGUGGUGGAGGGUAUCGGCGCAGCAUCUGAUGGCAUACAAGCGGGUGGUGCGGAAUUUGUGCCUGCGACAUAUCCGCUUCGCAUUCCGGCAGGCGUUGAAAGACCGCGGCUUCGACGCUAAUGGAAAGAGGAUUGCACCGGCGACUCCAUCUCCUGAGGGCCAGAAAUUGCCAGGCGAUGCUCCUUUGACGGGCACCGUGGAAAUAGUAAUUAAUCCGCGGAUGCCCCGGGAGGAUUUCUCGAAUCUGCAAAGUGAUAUGAAUCAGACGGUGGAUAAUUUACUGAGACAGACGCAGGAGAAAAAGGCGCAGAUUCCCCAGCGGGGAGCCGGCGGGAAAAGGUCGAAAUGGGUGGAACUCGCUGCUUCUGUGUAGAAGGGAGUUCUUUGGAGUCUUUUCGAUUGUACAAUAAUGUUUCUUUCGGGGUUCACUGUAUAUUAUGGGUUACGCGGCGAUCUGGGAUUGGGCAUAUAGACUGCAUUGCAUUGGAUAGAUGGAUAAUGACACACUC